AUGGAACUGCUUAACCUAAAGAAUGAGGACAACAUGUCUAUACAGACAAUGAGAUAUUCCGAUCUACAAUUCGAAACGAACACAGAUAUUUCAUCCAAUGAAGAAUCUCCAUUUUUUUCAGUUGGAGAUUUUCCUAAUGAAUUACACAGUAGCUUUGAUGACAUUUCUGAUUAUAUAUUAGUAGAUGAAUCAGAUUUGAAAAAGGAAAGGUCAGAUAUUACAAGUAGUGAAAGUAACAUUAUUGUAACGUCCAAAGGUGGAGUUAUGCCUAUUAAAAGAAGCACUAGUGUAAAAAUAAAAAAGGAAAUUAAAAGUACUAGUUGUUCUGAUGAAAGUAAAACUGCAAGUGAUAACACAAAUAAUGAAGAAAACAAAAAACCAGGGUUAUGUAGAACCUUAGGAACUGAAGGAAGGAAGAGGAUGCUAAAAUUGUUAAGGAGGGCUUAUAAAUAUAAUGAGGAAUGUAAAACUAUAAUGAAAAAUAAAAACCCACCAUUAUCAAUAAGUUAUUUACCAUAUUUCAAUCUCUCCAUGUUAUGGCAGCUAGCUGAAGACUUUGGGGUCUACAAUGAAGCUUUAAAAAUUCACAAGGAGUGUAUUAAAAAAAGAAAUGCCAAUGUACGAUUUAAAGCAAAUAGUAAAAAUGGUGCUCAUUAUAAUUUACAAGAUAUAAGCAAAAGUGGAAAAUCUGUUAAGACAGCAGAAUAUAUGUCAGAUUAUAUGUGUGCAAAUAUGGAUACCCAAACCGGCGAAGAUUUUGACACUACUAACACAACAUUAAAUGAUGAAGGCCAAGGAAAAAGGAAAAGAAAGAAAAGCAGUUUGUGA